AUGACAACAUCGUCUCCUGCUUAUCUAUUGCCUGGUCCAUCACCUACAAUAGACUCUAAAUCUCCACUUAUUAAACAGAUGAUACCAACGGGAGCACCAGCAGCCAUGACAGUACCGGCAACAGCACUUCAUUCACUUCACAAUUUUGCUCAUCAUCAAAUUCAAUUUCCACUUCAUCGAUCUUCUAUUUCAUCACAUUCUCAUCAACAACUUUCGAGAACAACACCGACUACAGAUACAUUUCACUCAUUAACGAUUCCUAAUCCUUCGAAUAGUAAUUCACUAUUAACAACAGUCCCAACUAACAACAACAACAAUAAUAAUAAUAAUAUUACAAACAAUGCGUCAUCCGUUUUCCCUACGAAUAAUCUCGAAGAGAAUGGCGGCGGGAGUGGCUCAAGCGGACAUAGCCUCUCACAAAGUAUGGAAUCAAUUAAUAAUAUUGGUUUUACAGAUGAUGAGUUUUUAUUUUACAAUUCAUUUGUUUCACAUUAUUUUCUCUUCAACAUUGUCAAAGAACGAUGCAGAUGUUACCGAUGUUAG